AUGAUGAGAAAAUUAGCAAUUUUAUCUGUUUCUUCCUUUUUAUUUGUUGAGGCCUUAUUCCAGGAAUAUCAGUGCUAUGGAAGUUCGUCAAACACAAGGGUUCUAAAUGAAUUAAAUUAUGAUAAUGCAGGCACUAAUUUAUAUAAUGAAUUAGAAAUGAAUUAUUAUGGGAAACAGGAAAAUUGGUAUAGCCUUAAAAAAAAUAGUAGAUCACUUGGAGAAAAUGAUGAUGCAGAUAAUGGUGAUGCAGAUAAUGGUGAUGAAGGUAUAGAUGAAAAUAGAAGACAUAGAAAUAAAGAAGGCAAAGAGAAAUUAAAGAAACCAAAACAUAAUAAAUUAAAGCAACCAGGGAAUGAUAAUGUUGAUCCAAAUGCCAACCCAAAUGUAGAUCCAAAUGCCAACCCAAAUGUAGAUCCCAAUGCAAACCCAAAUGUAGAUCCCAAUGCAAACCCAAAUGUAGAUCCUAAUGCAAACCCAAAUGUAAAUCCCAAUGCAAACCCAAAUGUAGAUCCUAAUGCAAACCCAAAUGUAAAUCCCAAUGCAAACCCAAAUGUAAAUCCCAAUGCAAACCCAAAUGUAAAUCCCAAUGCAAACCCAAAUGUAAAUCCCAAUGCAAACCCAAAUGCAAAUCCUAAUGCAAAUCCCAAUGCAAAUCCCAAUGCAAACCCAAAUGCAAAUCCUAAUGCAAAUCCCAAUGCAAAUCCCAAUGCAAACCCAAAUGCAAAUCCUAAUGCAAAUCCUAAUGCAAAUCCGAAUGCAAAUCCUAAUGCAAAUCCUAAUGCCAAUCCAAACGCAAACCCAAAUGCAAAUCCUAAUAGAAACAAUGAAGCUAAUGGACAAGGUCACAAUAAGCCAAAUGACCAAAACCGAAAUGUAAAUGAAAAUGCUAAUGCCAACAAUGCUGGAAGAAAUAAUAAUAACGAAGAACCAAGUGAUAAGCACAUAGAAGAAUUUUUAAAGCAAAUACAAAAUAAUCUUUCAACUGAAUGGUCCCCAUGUAGUGUAACUUGUGGAAAUGGUAUUCAAGUUAGAAUAAAGCCUGGCUCUGCUGGUAAACCUAAAGACCAAUUAGAUUAUGAAAAUGACCUUGAAAAAAAAAUUUGUAAAAUGGAAAAAUGUUCCAGUGUGUUCAAUGUCGUAAAUAGUUCAAUAGGAUUAAUAAUGGUAUUAUCCUUCUUGUUCCUUAAUUAG